GGGAAGAACAGCUGGAGUUGCUCCGACGCUCCUGGGGGACCCGCCGCGGUCUCUGAUUCAGCCUGGGGUGGAGAUUCGGGCCGGGCUUGUGGAAUGCGCCGGUCGUGGGGGGAGAAGUGCUGCGGGCUUCUGUCAAAUUAGUAGCCAUAACUGGGAUUUAGCGGGCAGGUGACAGCAGGGACAUGUCUCGGGAGAUGCAGGACGUAGACCUCGCCGAGGUGAAGCCUCUGGUGGAGAAAGGAGAGACCAUCACCGGCCUCCUGCAGGAAUUUGAUGUCCAGGAGCAGGACAUCGAGACUGUACAUGGCUCUAUCCAUGUCACCCUGUGUGGGACCCCCAAGGGAAACCGGCCCGUCAUCCUCACCUACCACGACAUUGGCAUGAACCACAAAACCUGCUACAACCCCCUCUUCAACUACGAGGACAUGCAGGAGAUCACCCAGCACUUUGCUGUCUGCCACGUGGACGCCCCUGGCCAGCAGGACAGCGCUGCGUCCUUCCCCAUGGGGUACAUGUACCCCUCCAUGGACCAGCUGGCCGAAAUGCUUCCCGGAGUCCUGCACCAGUUUGGGCUGAAGAGCAUCAUUGGCAUGGGAACAGGGGCCGGCGCCUACGUCCUGACUCGAUUUGCCCUGAACAACCCUGAGAUGGUCGAGGGCCUCGUCCUCAUCAAUGUGAACCCCUGUGCCGAAGGCUGGAUGGACUGGGCUGCCUCCAAGAUCUCCGGAUGGACCCAAGCCCUGCCAGACAUGGUGGUGUCCCACCUCUUUGGGAAGGAGGAAAUGCAGAACAAUGUCGAGGUCGUCCACACCUACCGCCAGCACAUUGUCAACGACAUGAACCCCGGCAACCUGCACCUGUUCAUCAAUGCCUACAACAGCCGGCGGGACCUGGAGAUUGAGCGGCCGGUGCCGGGAACCCACACAGUCACCCUGCAGUGCCCUGCUCUGCUGGUGGUUGGAGACAACUCACCCGCCGUGGACGCUGUGGUGGAGUGCAACUCGAAACUGGACCCAACAAAGACCACUCUUCUCAAGAUGGCGGACUGUGGCGGCCUCCCGCAAAUCUCCCAGCCGGCCAAGCUCGCUGAGGCCUUCAAGUACUUCGUGCAGGGCAUGGGAUACAUGCCCUCUGCCAGCAUGACUCGUCUGAUGCGGUCCCGCACAGCGUCCGGGUCCAGCGUCACCUCCCUGGACGGCACCCGCAGCCGCUCCCACACCAGCGAGGGCACCCGAAGCCGUUCCCACACCAGCGAGGGGCCCCGCAGCCGCUCCCAUACCAGCGAGGGGGCCCACCUGGACAUCACCCCCAACUCGGGCGCCACCGGGAACAGCGCCGGGCCCAAGUCCAUGGAGGUCUCCUGCUAGGCGGCCUGCGUGACCACCUCC